UAACAGCAACAGAAACAUCUACGGCAAGAGCACCCACAGAUGUACAGUCAACAGGCAUAGAGAAUCGGAGCAGGGGACAAGUUGACGUUGAGUCUGAGGCUGACGGUGCAGCUGAGGGUGGUGAUUUGGGAGUGGAUGAUACUUGCAGGGUGCCCAGACACUUGAGCCCAAGGAUUCAUUCAUUUCGCGUGGUAUCCGCCCAAGAUGCCAGCAGCCAUUGCCUGGAUGCGGUAGAUGCGUUCCAGACACAAAAUCAUAAGCCGAUAUUAAUGUGCUUCAUAUGCAAAUUGUCGUUCGGCACUGUCAACUCGUUCAGCUUGCAUGCGAAUAGCGAGCAUCAAUUGAAUCUGGUGGAGUUGGAACAACAGCUUUUGAAUCGUGAAUAUUCGAGUGCGAUCAUUCAGCGGAAUAUGGAUGAGAAGCCGCAGAUCUCAUUUCUACAGCCAUUGGAUGUUAAGGAUGCUCUCAACAUUGAUGCCAGCGAAACGAAGCGCAUUCAGGAUCAACUAUCAGGAUCGGGCUCCAGCUCGGGCUCUGGCUCAGGUCGAGGGGAAAGCUCGAGUGCCGAGGAUGCCGUAGCUGAUGUUGAGAUGACAGAGGCGUUGCAUAGUAUUGCAACAACUGUGAAAUUUGGUUCCUUAAAUUUAGCAACAAUUAAGACUAAUGAUAAGCCAGGUGCAAGUGCAGGUGGCACAGCAUUGACAGCAUGCAGCUCUCUUCCAACUGCAAGAGGAUCAUCAGCAUCGCCGACAGAUGCAGCCGAGCCGUUGCGGGUGGCUUGCGAGGGCGCAACACGUUCGCCUACCCCUUCGCCCCAACCUCCACCUCCUCCUCCUCCUCCUCCUCCCCCUCCUCCACCUUCAGGCUCAGCUGCAACUGCAGGUCUACCCAGUCCACCUUCUUCAGAUGUAAAGUCCAGUACUGAUAAUAUAGAUAGCGAUAAGUCAAACAAGCGUAGCCAAAGGUCGGAGUCACUCGCCUCCGGAUGUGGCACUGAUUCACCCACAGCUCCACAACAGCAGCAGCCUAUGGAUGCAGAUGCUGCAACACUAACAGCGGCCGAAAUGUUGCAGCAACAUCUGCUCUCAUUGCAGCAGCAGCAACAUCCGGCCGGCGUUUAUCCACCCACAAUACAGGCCCAGGCCCAGGCUCAGGCCCAACUAAGUUCCUUUCAUGCGUCUCUCACUGCCUUGGCCAAUGAGCAGAAUGCACGAGGUGUUAAGCUACUCACGGAAUUCCUGCAGCAGCAGUUACAGCAACAGCAGCAGCAACAACAGCAGAAACACCUUCCGUUCCCCACACACUGCUUGGAGCAUCCCGAUUUUAAGGGUGUCGACUGCAAAACUUGUGAAUUGAUUGAUAUUCAACACCGAGCCAAGUCCCCGGCUACUCCCCAAUCUCAAUCCCAAUCUCAGUCGCUGCCGCAGCCUCUGCGCUCGCCCAACGGCAGCAUCUCAGCAUCUAUGCCCAUCUCGCCCACCGCCUCGUCCGUUGGCAAUACAACAGCAUCGAGCUUCACGAUUGGCGCUUGUUCUGAUCAUAUUAAUGGGCGACCCCAAGGCGUGGAUUGCGGUCGCUGCGAGAUGCUAUUGAACUCGGCUCGUCUUAACAGCGGCGCUCAGAUGUCCACGCGUAACUCCUGCAAAACUCUAAAAUGUCCGCAAUGCAAUUGGCACUACAAAUACCAGGAAACUUUGGAAAUCCAUAUGCGUGAGAAGCAUCCAGAUGGAGAGAGUGCCUGCGGAUACUGUUUAGCAGGUCAACAGCAUCCACGGCUGGCUCGUGGCGAAUCCUACUCAUGCGGCUAUAAGCCAUAUCGCUGCGAAAUUUGCAACUAUUCGACGACAACGAAGGGCAACCUAUCGAUACACAUGCAGUCGGACAAGCAUUUGAACAAUAUGCAGGAGCUGAACAGUUCGCAGAACAUGGUUGCAGUGGCAGCAGCAGCAGCAGCAGCUAGCGCCAAGCUAAUGCUUCCCAGUCCAACACCGACCCAAGCUGCACCGCCUCAAACAGCAGCAGCGGCAGCGAGUGUUGGCGCUUCAGUCAAUGCCAAUGCUGCUGCAGGUAAUGCAGCAAUAUCGAAGGAGAUUGCGACGACGGCAGCAACAUUGUCAUCGACCAAACCGAAACCGACGUUUCGCUGCGACAUCUGUAGCUACGAAACAUCGGUGGCGCGAAAUCUGCGCAUCCACAUGACCAGUGAAAAACACACGCACAACAUGGCAGUGCUGCAGAAUAACAUUAAGCACAUCCAGGCAUUAAAUUAUCUUCAGCAGCAGCAGCAGCAGCAGCAGCAACAGCAGCAGCAGCAGCAGCAACCAGCAGCAACUGGCAAUUCGAGCAGCUUUAUGACAGCUGGGCCGGAGGUAGCCUUAGCUGACUUGGCUUAUAAUCAAGCGCUGAUGAUACAGUUGCUGCAGCAGAAUGCCCAGGCRCAGCAGCAGCAGUUGCUGCCCUCCACUGCCAGCAAAAUGUCGCCAACAAACACGGGCUCGCCGGCUAGCACGCCUGAGCAGCUGCACGCCACGUUCGCCGCCUACUCGCCAAAGCCCAUGAAGAUGCCAACGGGGAUCGGGAAUCUGGCGACUGCAACGAGCGUUGAGCUAGAGGCGCUUGACGCGUACUCGGAGAGCCAGCCGGAGCCGUGGCCCACGGCCCUAUAUAGCUGCCUGAUAUGCGAUUGCUAUAGCACCAACGAUAUGGAGGAGCUGAAUCAGCACCUGCUGCUGGACCGAUCGCGGCAGCUGUCGAGCUCCUCCACGGACAUCAUGGUCAUCCACAACAACAACUACAUUUGCCGCCUAUGCAACUACAAGACCAAUCUGAAGGCCAACUUCCAGCUGCACAGCAAGACGGACAAGCACUUGCAGAAGCUCAACUUUAUCAAUCACAUUCGCGAGGGUGGGCCGCGCAACGAGUAUAAGCUGCAAUACCAAACCCAGCUAGCGGCGAAUGUGGUGCAGGUGAAGUGCAACUGCUGCGACUACCACACGAACUCCAUUCAGAAGCUCUCGCUGCACACGCAGCAGAUGCGGCAUGACACAAUGCGCAUGAUCUUUCAGCACUUGCUGCACAUCAUACAGAAGAGUCGCAUGCAUCGUAGUUACAGGGAGUCGUCGAUGCCUGUGCCGAUGUCGAUGUCGAUGUCGAUGUCGAUGCCGAUGUCGAUGCCGAUGUCGAUGCAGUUACUCAAUGACGAUCCGCAGGAGCAGCAGCAGCAGCAGCCACAUCAACAUCAACAACAACAACAACAACCACAACAACAGACAUCGCCAUCAGCAUCAUCGACGUCGCCGAAGAAAUCCCUUUGUUGUCAACUGUGUAACUUUGUUGCCAAAAAUCUGCAUGACAUGGUGCAACACGUGAAGGGCUUGCGGCACAUGCAGGUUGAGCAAUUCAUUUGCCUCCAGCGCCGUAGCGAAAAUAUGGAGAUGCUCGGACUCAACGAGGUGUUCAAGGUCACCGAACAACUGCCGCUGGCCCCCACUGAAGAUUCAAGCCUCGACUGCGGCCUCAAUUUAGCUACGACUGCUUCUGCUGGUGCAGCGACAGAAAUGGGCUUUGGACCUUCCACGGAUGUCAAUAUAUUCUCGCCGGCCUCCGUCUCCAGCUGUGCAACUUCCAGUGGCAAGGCACAGGCGCGCGUCCCUUCCCCCUUAUCAUCAGGCUGUGCGUCGACGACUAUUUUCAAAUGUAACAUCUGCGAAUACUUUGUGCAAUCGAAAAAGGAUAUGGAGGGCCACAUUGAGGCUGUUCAUCCUAGUUCUGAGACAGACGACUAUGUUAGUAUGCCCACAAACACGGCUGCGCUGCAGGCCUUUCAAACAGCUAUCGCAGCUGCUGCUCUAGCUGCCGUCCAGCGCUGCAGUGUCACACCCUCUUCGACGCCAACUCCAACGCCCACGACUCCAGAUGGGCGUGGUUCCGGAGUGGACAUGGAUGACUGCCCCGUUGAAAUAAAGCGCGAGCGCUUGGACGAUACCGACGAAGCGCCUGGAGCUGAGGUCAAGGAAGACGCCAAGAGCGCGAACGAGAAGCUGCCCAAAUCGGGUGUCUCAUGUCCACUAUGCUUGGAGAGCGGAUAUAACGAAAAGUCAUCACUGGAAACGCAUCUGAUGAGCGUACACAGUGUGACGCGAGACGGACUCGCUCGACUCCUGCAGCUGGUCAAUCACAAAGCGUGGCGGCCUCUUAAAGACACUGAUCCGACGACGACGACGACGACGACGACGACGACAACAAUGGGAACUGACGACAGCAAAGGAGCGAUGGGUGAUGCCACGCCCACAGCUACGCCCACACCCACAGCUGUCUCAACUGGCGUUAUGCAGGGCCUGGCGUGCCAGCAGUGCGAGGCGAACUUCAAGCACGAAGAGCAGCUGCUGCAACACGCGCAGCAGGCGCAGCAUUAUCCAAUGCAAAGCGGCGAAUAUCUUUGUUUGCUUGUUAACCAUGGCAGUCGGCCGUGCUAUAUGACCUUUGGUAGCUUGUCCGCAAUGACUGGGCACUUCAAGGACUCGCACAUGAGUCUGGUCAUCUCGGAGCGGCACGUCUAUAAGUACCGCUGCAAGCAGUGUUCCCUGGCAUUUAAGACGCAGGAAAAGCUUACCGCUCACAUGCUCUACCACAGCAUGCGAGAUGCAACCAAGUGCUCGCUGUGCCAGCGCAAUUUCCGCAGCACUCAGGCACUGCAGAAGCACAUGGAACAGGCGCACCCGACCGAAUGCUCGCCCGUCACGAGCAGUCCUGGGGACAUGUCACCUAGUCCGUUGUAUGGUGCAAGCGGGAUAGAUAAACCAACCGAGACAAAUGUUUUUGAUUUUACUACCACACGAGCCAGUGAAAGAGUGGCCAAGGCGAAUGAGACUGGAGCAAAGCAAUCGCCGCAGCGCCUAGCCUCGCCAUUGCCGCUAGACGUACAUGCGAAGGAAGGAGCUUCGAGCUCUCAGUUGCUGUCGCCAAGCGCGCUAGAUGAGCCUUCGGCAACGGAGCAGAAUCAACACUUUGCAGUUUUAACUGCUGCGCUGCUCAAACAGCAACAGCAGCAGCAAGAGGCACCGGAUGACCAGCAAUUAGCGAUCUCAAGUGGCGACCUUCAUCAGCUACAGUUGCAGCUGCAGGCGCAGCAAGACAAGGCUCAUCAGCAGCAGCAGCAGCAGCAGCAAUCAGCUCCAUUUGUUAACAUCAAUCCGCAGUCCUUUCAAGGACUUCAGAGCAUACAGAGCUUGCAGCAAAUACAGCAACAAUUGAAUGUUGCAGCGGCGGGCUCAGGGAUGCCUAUUAAUCCGGUGGACAUGCUCAAUCUGAUGCAAUUCCACCACUUGAUGUCACUGAACUUUAUGAACCUGGCACCGCCGUUGAUAUUUGGUGGCAAUGCUACAGCUGGAGCCGCUGGAGCAGCAGCAGUAGCCGCAGCAGCUGGAGUUGGCGGAGUCCAGAACAAUGGCAUAGGCUCCGUCCAAGCAGCUGCAGCUGGAAGCUCCGAGCGCCAGUCAAAGAGCUCAGGCGCUACAGCAGGCGGCAGCCUGGCAGCGGAUGCCACCAGCAUCAACCUCAUUCCGCCCAACAACACUCAGCAGCAACUGAGCAGCAACCAGAAGCGCGCUCGCACUCGCAUCACCGACGACCAACUGAAGAUAUUGAGAGCUCAUUUCGACAUAAACAAUUCGCCCAGCGAGGAGAGCAUUAUGGAAAUGUCCCAGAAGGCAAAUCUGCCAAUGAAGGUUGUUAAGCACUGGUUCCGCAACACGUUGUUUAAGGAACGACAGCGCAACAAGGACUCGCCGUACAACUUCAAUAAUCCGCCGUCGACUACUCUUAAUCUAGAGGAAUAUGAACGUACAGGACAAGCAAAGGUGACCUCUUUAGCUCCAGCGGAUGCUCCAGUGGCGCCAGCUUCAGCGGCAGCUGUAGGAGCAGCAGCUGCAGCCAGCAACAACCUAAUAGCAACAACAUCGCUACCAGCGGCAACGGCAACAGCAACUGCAAAAGAUCUGAGUAGCAACAGCAACAUAAGUGAUUUUUUUAAAGCGCAAGUUAUUGACAUGAUGCCCACUCAGGCGGUAGCCGAGCAGGUAAACGCAUUGCCAUUGGAGGUGGAAAUCAAAUCUGAGCCGCAUGACGACCACCUUGACUUCUUUCACAAAAGUCAAUGCCAGCUGAAGCAGAAUCAGCAUCAGCAGGAGCAGCAGCAGCAGCAGCAGGAGGAGCAGCAGAAAGAACAGCAGGUGUUUCAGUUUCUGAACCAACAGCAACAAAUGGAGUCAGCAGAGUCGCUGAUGCCACAUCUCAGUAUGGACAUGCAUGAUAACCCAAUGCAGCAGCAAUCAGCCGGGCACCAUCAAAGUCAGCAGCAACAGCAACAGCCGCAGCAGCAACAGCAAACGAAUUGCUUUGAAACGAAGUCGGAGAGUGGAAGCUCGGAUGUGCUAUCAAGACCGCCGACGCCGAAUAGCAUUGCACCCGGCAAUUUGUAUAGUAGCAUGAACGAUUUACUUAGUCAGCAGCUGGAGAACAUUGGCAGCAAUAUGGGACCGCCGAAGAAAUUGCAGAUAUCUGGUAAAUCAUUUGAGAAGCUAGCGGGAACGAGCUCAUCGUCAGGCGACCGGGCUUUGCCGACAGCGCAAGUUUGCUUGGAAAGCAACUCAUCGAACUCAUCGAACUCCUCGUCCUCAACAUCCGGCGGCAAGCGUGCGAAUCGCACGCGCUUCACGGACUAUCAAAUCAAGGUGCUGCAAGAGUUUUUUGAGAAUAAUUCGUAUCCUAAGGACAGUGACCUGGAGUACCUAAGCAAGUUGCUGCUACUGUCGCCACGGGUAAUUGUUGUGUGGUUCCAGAACGCACGACAGAAGCAGCGCAAAAUCUAUGAGAAUCAGCCGAACAACUCCCUGUAUGAAAGCGAGGAGACUAAGAAGCAGAACAUCAACUACGCCUGCAAGAAGUGCAGUCUGAUAUUUCAGCGCUACUACGAGCUGAUACGCCAUCAGAAGAAUCACUGCUUCAAGGAGGAAAACAACAAGAAGUCGGCCAAGGCACAAAUUGCAGCUGCGCAAAUCGCUCAUAAUCUUAGUUCAGAGGACUCCAAUUCCUCUAUGGAUAUACAUAAUCACCAGGCAACAGGAAGCCUGGGUCCAAAUGUGGCAGCUGCUGUUGCUGUGGCUGCAGCAGCAGCAGCCCACUCGGCACAUUCUGCUCAUUCGGCUCAUUCGAGCUCACAGCCAUUUGGAUCAUCUCCAUCGCCGCAGCAUCUAUUUAGCAAGGCCUCAUCGCUAACUGACUUUAGUCCAUCGACGACACCAACGCCACCGCAGAGGGAGCGCAGCAAUAGUCUGGACCAGCAACGCUUGCCAAAAUUUGAUUGUGAGAAGUGCGAAAUGCAGUUCAAUCAAUUGGAGUCACUGCGUGAGCAUCAGCUCAUGCACUUGAUGAGUCCGGCUCUCUUUUCUGCCAGCAGCCAUCAGCCGGCCAGUCAGUCUGAAGCAGCUUAUGGCCCCUUUGGCAGUAUAUUGCAGGGGCUGCAGCAAGCGGCGCAGCAGCAGCAGCAACAGCAGCAGAAACAACAAGAGCCGCCAGCAAAGAAAAGAAAAUGCUCUGAAAGCUCUUCCAACGCUGAGGAGGUAUCAAUGGGAGAGUUUGAGACUACUCAAAAGAAAUACGAGUUCCUAUAUCAAUACUUUAUGCAGAACGAAGCCAGCGCAGAGCUUAAACAACAAUUUCUACUUCAGCAUCAACUGCAGCAGCAGCAACAAGGAAAUGAAACGGACUUGGAGCUAGAGUUCUUGAGCGAUUUCUAUCAACAAAGAGAACUGAAGAAGGUCAAUAGCUAUGAUUUUUUAUUGCAAUACUAUCGAAAAAAUGAGGAUGGAUUGAAGCAGCACAAUCAGCAACUGUCAUUUAGCGCCAGCAAGAAACCCACAAUUGAAUUCCUGUUGCAAUACUAUCAGCUAAAUGAAUCUAAGAAGUUUUUUCAGUUAGCCGCCUCGCCCCAAACCAAGUCUCAACCGUCGUCGCAGCAGCCGAACGCGACGACGGAUGAACCAAACACAUUGAUCGGCUUACAGGAGCAGCAGCAGCUGCAAGAGAAAAAGGUUAAGGUUGAGCAAACUGAGCACCUGGAGGAGGUGCAGGAGAAUUGCAUCGAUCCAGACGGAACUCAAGGCUGUCCAGCUGAUGCGAAUGAUCUUCUGCCGCCCGACGCGAAGCUCAAUAACAACCAUAUCAACAUAAACAUCAACGAAGCUCAACGCAUGCUGAGCAGAGAUACAAAGGAAAAUGAUGUCAUUGAGUGUCGUGACAUGGCCUUGGAACAACUGAACCAGUCGAAUGAAGCAAUCAAUGGAGACAAGCAGAAAUCGCUCAACGACAAGCCGCAGUAUUUUCAAAACCUCGAAGACUUCCUCGACGCAACAAUGAUUGAGAACAAUUCGCAAAUGCUAACAUUCAAUGACGACGAGAAUCCAAGUCCUAGAGUUGAGAGUAUCAAGUCCAAUGAUUGUUUGCCCCUGGACACGACAUCAGUGCCGCUCAGCGCGCCUUCCAAGCAGAACAAACGGCUGAGAACAACAAUACUUCCAGAUCAAUUGAACUUCCUGUACGAGUGCUACCAGACCGAGUCGAAUCCCAGCCGUAAAAUGCUUGAGGAGAUUUCCAAAAAAGUCAAUCUUAAAAAACGUGUCGUACAGGUUUGGUUUCAGAACUCUCGAGCUAAAGAUAAGAAAUCGAGGAAUCAACGACAAUAUGCGCACAUUUCGGAUGACAACAGUUUUGACGGAUCCAGUGGCAAGGAGGUUGGCAACAACAGCAAUAACAGCAACAAUGGAUGUCUUGGUGGUGCUGGCAUCAAGUCAACCAAGACUCUAGCAUUGAGCCAAGAGGGCAACGACCAGCAGCUGCAAGAUUGCCAAUUGUGCCAAAUACCACAGGUGAAUAUGCAUAAGCAUGCAUUCAGCGUGGAGCACAUCUGCAAGAUGAAGGACCUGCUUGAACAGACCAGCGAGUUAUAUGCCCACAGCAAUGCCAGCGGCAGCGACAACGACAACGAGAGCGACAGGGACAGGGAGAGGCGCUUCUACAGCCUCUCAAAGGCGUUUCUACUGCAGCACGUCGUAUCGAAUGCGAGCAAUAAUAUUGCACCCAUCGCCUCAACUCGGCAACUGGGCGAUGAGAACAAUUGCUUACGGAACUACGACCCGAGUACAUCGAUGCCCGCUGUAGAUGAUUCGGCGGCAGAUGGGCGACCGGCUGCGGUGGGCCAUCGUCACCUGGCCGGAGACAUCGCCGUAUCCGUGAAAGACAACGACGUCGAUAUUCCAGAGGCUGGCCGAAAGAAUUCGUCGACCAAUCGAGAUCUAAUGCAACAACUAUUCAAUCGCAAUCACAUUACUGGUAAGAUUUGCGAAAUCACAUGGAUCACCCCAGCGAAAAUAUAAAU